AUGCACACGUCAGAUCCCCCUGUUUCUUCAAACUGGGACUUUACUCCAGUGCAUGACCUACUACGGUCGCCCAUCGAGGGCUGCACUGCGAGACCUAGUCGCCACAAUGAAGCUACAAUCCCUUUGAUUGGUGAACAAGCCAACGAUGACCCCCGCUACACCACUGAUGGUAGGCGCAUGGAUUUUAUCCCUCAACGAAGUAACCCGAAACUUGGUGACUUUGGUUCUCUUUGGGAGCUAUUCAACGGAAGCCCUGCUCCCGCGAGCGUCACACCAACAGUAGAGACUACAAAUACCACCAAGUCUGAGCUUGAAAAGGCUCAGUCCUCGCUUCAAGUAUUGCCCUCUAACUCAGCGGAAGGGUUUGCCGAAAAGGGCUCAUUCUCUGGCCUAUAUGGGAUUGAAACAUCCGUUUCCGCCUCAUUCAACACCUCUCGCAUCAUCAAUGAGCCAAUUCCUCAGGUCCGCAAGGAUACCAGCACUGGCUACUUCUCCCAUUCUUCUUGUUCAAAUGUGCACGCUAGAGAUAUUCCUAUCGACUUUGAGGGUCAAUCGUUCACUAUUCUGAAACGGACCUCAGACCAUGAGCCUUCUGGAACGAGUGACAAUGUGAAAUUUGGUGUUCGUGGUCCACAAAGCCCUCCUGUGACGAUUCUUAAACCUAGGCUUGGUGAUCCAAGUGAUACUCCCAUAAAAUCCAAGCCUCGGUCUCGCAGGAAAAAUCUCCGAAAGAGCACGCGCAAUCAUCCAAUUACUUCUGAAGAAAGCGCCGGGCUAGACUCGGACACGAGUAUCGUGUUUGAUCAUCACAUUUCCGAGAAACCCGUGGCUAUUUCAUUUGUCCCAUCUCAAGUCCAUGUGCCUGGAACGAAGACUCACCCUUAUGAUACCCCGCCAUCGUCGUUUGACGAUACUGACUGGAUACUGAAUGCCAACGCCAUCCGAGAAUUUGCUUCUGGCGGUACCCAUGUGCGGUCUACCCUACACCAAUCGGCCGCGGACCGAAGAGUUACCUUGAUGACCAGACUCCUCGGCCACUUCCCUGCGUACGCCAAAAUUGUGUCUCAAGUGGGGCUAGCUUUAGAUCAUCCCCCCGAUGAUAGUAUUGGCUCACGUCCUAUCCAUGUCUUUGUUGACAUGUCAAAUAUCAUGGUCGGAUUUCACGAUUCGGUGAAAACCUCACGAAAUAUUCCUCUCUCAACCCGCAUUCGUCGUGUCCAUAUGUCCUUCGCUAAUCUCGCAUUAAUCAUGGAACGCGGCCGCCGAGCCGCCAAGAGAGUCUUGGUCGGCUCAGAUCGUCUUCCCUCCGUCGAUGAAGCCGAGAGGCUAGGUUACGAAGUUAAUAUCCUUGAACGUGUGCACAAGGUGAAGACCGUCACACCCCGUCACAAUAGCAAGUCUAGGAAAAAUUAUGGCUACAAUUCUCAGGGGGUAUCUAGCGGUCCUGAAACGGUCGCCGCCUCUGAGGAGCGAUGGGUUGAGCAAGGUGUGGACGAAAUUCUGCACCUGAAGAUCCUGGAGAGCCUUUUGGAUACAGAGAAAGCUGCGACGAUUGUUUUGGCGACGGGGGAUGCGGCAGUGGCCGAGUUCUCCGAUGGAUUCAUGAGGAUGGUCGAGCGCGCGCUCCAGCGCGGCUGGAAUGUUGAACUUGUGAGUUUCUCGCAGGGCACUAGCUAUGCAUACCGGAAGAAGGAAUUUCGGACUCAGUGGGGAGCCUGCUUCAAGCUGGUCGAGCUGGACCGGUACGUGGAGGAACUGUUUGAGUAA